AUGACCAAUGAAGACGUUAUGCCGCGUGUAAUUGUCUUUGACCUUGACGGCACGCUGUGGUCACCGGAGAUGUAUCAACUCUGGGGAGGUGGCGGCAGUCCCUUUCGGAUAGAUACAAACGGUAAAGAAAAAAACCACAGCCACAGCAGUGCUGCUAUUGAUAAGGCUGGUACGACGGUAAGCCUUAUUGGUGAAACUCGCACACUGCUGCAAGAGUUACUAACAGAUCCGAAAUGGCGCAAUACAUAUUUGGCUGUUUCUUCCACUUGUGAUGAACCGCGAUGGGCAAUGGAGUUACUGCAUCUCUUUAAGUUUACAGAUAGGGCGGGGAACCAGGUACCGAUGCUCUCACUAUUUGGGGAUCUUGUGGAAAUCUACUCUGCGAACAAGGCACAACAUCAUCGGACUAUAUUGAAAAAGGUGCAGAAACUAGAUCCCAGUAUUAAGGAUGACUUCUCACAGUUUAUCUUCUUUGAUAAUCAGACAAACAAUAUUGAAAGUGUUCGUAGUAUUGGAGUCUCGAGUGUGUACUGCCCAAGUGGUCUCGUGGGUGGAGUCUUCGAGAGAGGGAUUAAAGAAUGGCGAGAGAAGCAGAAGAAAUCUACUCUGUGA